GAGUGGGGGAGAGCCAUGCCCACCGAGGAAGCCGGUGGAGUGGAGACUCGCAGGAGACGGGAGAGACCUCCCGAAGAGGGGCUGCCCGCUGUACACAGCACACAGUGGGCGAUGGCCAGGCGGGCACUAAUCACAGGCCUGCUUGUCAGUGUAAUCCUUGGUGGUUCUCUGCUGCUUUGGGUUUACGUCUUCCAGGGCUGUGGUCCUUCCCCCUGUGAGACGCCUGUGUGUUGGGACCUCCUGAAACUUUACCUGGCCUUUGGGAACGCCAGUGUGGCCCCCUGCACUGAUUUCUUUAGCUUUGCCUGUGGAAACGCCAACAAGAUCAGUAGUUCUUUUCAGGCUAUUGAAAAGAGGAACAAGCGCCAACUUCAGAGAAUACUGGAAGCCCCAGGUUCCUGGCACCUGGCCUCUGGGGAGGAGAAAGCCUUCCAAUUCUACAACUCCUGCAUGGACACAGGUGCCAUUGAGGCUGCAGGGGCUGGUCCCCUCCGACAAGUUAUUGAGGAGCUCGGAGGCUGGCCAGUCUCCAGUAAUUGGACUUCCUUAGACUUUAACCGAACUCUAAGCCUUCUGAUGAGUCAGUAUGGUCACUUCCCAUUCUUCAGAGCCUCUUUGCGAACUUCUCCCAUCCCUCCACACACGCCAAUCAUCCAGAUAGACCCGCCAGAGUUUGAAGUUCCCUUCAAGCAAAGGCCGGAACUGGCCCAGAUCAUGCGGGAAUACCUGACUUACCUGAAUCGCCUGGGAAUCUUGCUGGGAGGAGAACCAAGCAAAGUGGGGGACCACUCCUCCUUUUCCAUCACCAUUAACUCGAACCUGCACCAGUUUCUGGGACCCCCAGAGCAGCAGCAGGCACAGAGAAAGCUCUUCCAGAUGGUCACAAUUGAACAACUGCAGGAAAUCGCCCCUGCCAUCGACUGGUUGUCCUGCUUGCAAGCAACAUUCACACCAAUGUCCCUGAGCCCCUCUCAUCCCGUCGCGGUCCACAACCUGGAGUAUUUGAAAAAAAUGUCUCAACUGAUUGAAAGUCAGCCGUCGAACCACAGGGACUUUCUGAAGAGCCACAUGAUCUUGGGGCUGGUGGGAACCCUCUCUCCAGCCCUGGACAGUAAAUUCCAAGAGGCACACAGAUUGCUGAAUCAGAAACUGGGGGAGCUGACAGGACGACCACCCAUGCCCACCCCUCCUCGCUGGAUGACGUGUGUGGAGAAGACAGAAGCCUUCUUCAAGCCUACGCUGGCAGCCUUGUUUGUCCAUGAGGCCUUCGGCCCCAGCACCCAAAGUGCUGCCAUGGAAUUAUUCGUUGCAAUCAAGGAUGCCCUCCUCGCUCGCCUCCAAACCAUUCCCUGGAUGGAUGAAGCGACCCGGGCAGAGGCCCAGGACAAGGUCAUCCAACUGCAGGUGGAGAUGGGGGCCCCGGAAUGGGCCCUGAAGCCAGACCCGACCAGACAGGAGUACAGCGACAUACAAGUUGGAACCAGCUUCCUGCAGUCCUUCCUGAGCUGCGGCCGAUCCCACCGAGCUAGAAUCAUCCAGAGUGUCCUGCAGCCUGUCCCUGGCCACAGCUUGCAGGUGCUCCCCUGGAGCGCCAAUGCUUACUAUUCAAUACCUGACCACGUGGUGGUCUUCCCAGCCGGAAUCCUCCAACCCCCAUUUUUCCACCCGGGCUACCCCAGGGCCGUGAACUUUGGCGCCGCUGGCAGUAUUAUGGCCCACGAGCUGCUGCACAUCUUCUACCAGCUCUUAUUGCCUGAGGGCUGCCCGGCCUGUGACACCCAUGCCCUGCAGGGGGUGCGACUGUGCCUGGAGCGCCACUAUGCUGCCUUUCCGUUACCCAAGGGGACCUCCUUCAAUGGCUCCCGCACAUACCUGGAAGAUGCUGCAGACAUAGGGGGACUGACCAUUGCACUGCAGGCAUACAACAAGAGGCUACUAUGGUACCGUGGAGAGACCACCUUGCCCAACCUGGACCUUAGCCCCCAGCAACUCUUCUUCCGAAGCUAUGCCCAGGUGUUGUGUAGGGACCCCAGCAUCCAGCACCCUCAGGACACGCACAGCCCUCCUACCCUUCGAACCCACGGGCCACUAAGCAACAGCCCAGCCUUCGCCAGACACUUCCACUGUGCCCAUGGUACCCUCAUGAACCCUUCCAGACGCUGCCAACUCUGGUAACCUGGCCGGCUCCCAAAGAGAUCUCAUUCCAGGUGUAUCGGCAUCUCCCUGCUCCAUCCCUGGAAUCGGGGCAACACCUCCUCUCCCCUUCUGUUCCACAAAUAAAA